AUGCUCGAGGCCGACACCGAGGCCGGAGCCUAUUGGACCAAGUGCGGAGAAGAAGCCCUCGCUCAUAAUGUCAAGGGACUCGUCAUGAUGGGGGCGCACUGGGCCUGCCUCGGCGACAAGAUCGAAGUGGCCACCAACCCAGCCCCAGGCAAGAGCUUCUGCCCAUUCUCCAGUCCAGCAUUGUACAAGGACUGGAAACCGAACCCAGACCUAGCUACGGCCGAGAGAUGCAUAUCCAUGCUCCAGGCUGAGGGCUUCAACGUCGGGCCCAACCCGGACUUCACCUGGAUCCACGACGUCUUCAUGAUCCUCAUCCGCAUGUUCCCGGACCAUACCAAGUGUCCGCCGGUGACCAUCAUCUCGACCAACGCGCGAUACGACCCGUGGUACCACGUCAAAGUUGGCGCGACGCUGCGCCCGCUCAGAAAGGAAGGAUACUUGCUCAUCGGCACGGGCGGCGCGGUCCACAAUCUCUACCGCAACGCCUGGACGGACAUGCUUCUGUACCGGGAGUCGUUGGGCCAGGAGCGUCCGCCCGAAGCAUGGGCCCUCGAUUUCAGACAAGCCACUGAAGACGUGGUGACCAAGAAUCGCGGCCCGGCUUUGAGAAAGGCCAUGGUCCGUCUUAUGCAGCACCCGGCGUAUCGCGAGGCCCAGGCUACUGAUGACCAUUGGAUGCCGGCACUGUUCGCGGCUGGUGCGGCGGGCGACUUCGAAGACGAGGCCGAGCCUAAUAUGCUGGCUGCCGAGACGUGGGAGCUCGUCAACAUGGCAAACUCGCAGUUCACGUUCGGUCGUUAUAAGGAUGAGAGGGAGAAGAUGUUCCUAGGACGACAGGAGACGGAGAAGUUGCCUCACCCCAGAAUGGCGACUGUGGCUGCCUGA